GCGCGGCUCCGCCCUCCCCGCCUUCGAGCCCGCGAGUGGAGCCGGCGGGGCAGGCGGCGUGAGGCGAGCGCGUCUGGCUGCCUGCCGGAGGGGGGGAGAGCGGCUUCCCUGCGCGUGCGCGCGGAGAUUGGCGGCGGUGUGGCAGCCGCCGCGGCGUCCGGCGGGCUCUGCGCAUGCGCGGGGCCAGGAGAGUGGGUGGCGUAGGGCCCCGGCGGCGGUGGCGGAGGCGGCGCGGAAGGCCCGGCAGGACAAUGGCGGCGGCGGCGGCGGCGGCGGCGGCGGCGGCAUCGGCCGGAGCGGGCGGCGGGCCGGCCCCGGGGGGACCAGGAGUCGGCGGCUCAGGCCCCGGUCCAGGCCCCGCCGCCUCCGCCAGCCCCUUGUCGGUGUCGCGGCGCAAGGACGGAGGCCCCGCCGGCAAGUUCUGGGAGAGCCCCGAGACCGUCGCGCAGCUCGACGCCGCCCGCGCCUGGCUGGCCAAGCACUGCAAGAAGUCAGUUCAAGCAGAUGCUCCUACCAAUAAAACACUGGCUGGGCUCGUGAUGCAGCUGCUGCAGUUCCAGGAAGAUGCCUUUGGAAAACAUGUCGCCAAUCCUGCCUUCACCAAAUUCCCUGCAAAGUGCUUCAUGGAUUUCAAAGCUGGAGGAACUCUGUGUCACAUUCUCGGUGCUGCGUAUAAGUAUAAAAACGAGCAAGGAUGGCGAAGAUUUGACUUACAGAAUCCUUCCCGCAUGGAUCGAAAUGUAGAAAUGUUUAUGAACAUUGAAAAAACACUAGUGCAGAAUAACUGUCUGAGCAGACCAAUCAUCUACCUCGUUCCAGAUAUCGAAUUGAAGCUGGCCAAUAAACUAAAAGACAUUGUCAAACGACACCAGGGCACACUCACGGAUGACAAGUCAAAAGCCACCCACCACGUUUAUCCCAUUCCUACCUCACUGGAUGAAGAAGAGUGGCUGAGACCUGUGAUGAAAAAGGACAAGCAGGCUCUUGUGCACUGGGGCUAUUACCCUGACAGCUAUGACACUUGGGUUCAUGCUGGUGAUAUAGAAGCAGAAGCUGAAGAGCCUCCAAUUCCGGAAAAGCCUUGGAAGGUUCAUGCCAAAUGGAUUCUGGACACAGACAUAUUCAACGAAUGGAUGAAUGAAGAAGACUAUGAGGUGGAUGAGAACAAGAAGCCGGUCAGCUUCCGCCAGCGGGUCUACAUGAAGAAUGAAGAACCGGUCCGCAGCCCAGAACGCAGAGACCGGAAGGCGACUGCCGGUGCUAGAAAACGAAGGCACUCUCCGUCACCUCCGCCUCCUGCUACCCCGGUUGAAUCGAGGAAGAAGUCUGGAAAGAAAGGGCACACAUUGGGGUUGCGCAUGUGCAGGCCUGCCUGGGAGAGUACAGAAAGACAAGCCGGUCUUUAUGGGAAGAGACGAGGGCAGAAGGACGAUGACGAGCACGAAGAUCUCACCAAGGACAUGGAGGAUCCAACCCCGGUGCCCAACAUAGAAGAAGUGGUCCUUCCCAAAAACGUCAACCUAAAGAAAGACAGCGAGAACACCCCCGUGAAAGGAGGAACGGUGGCAGACCUGGAUGAACAGGAUGAAGAGACCCUGGCCACUGGAGGAAAGGAGGAUGAAGAUCCCAACAAAGGGGACCAGAGCCGCUCCAUAGAUCCGGGAGAAGACAAUGUCACAGAGCAGACCAAUCACAUCAUUAUCCCCAGCUACGCGUCCUGGUUUGACUAUAACUGUAUCCACGUGAUCGAACGACGUGCUCUUCCAGAGUUCUUCAAUGGGAAAAACAAAUCCAAGACCCCAGAAAUAUUCUUAGCCUACCGCAACUUCAUGAUCGACACCUAUCGUUUAAACCCGCAAGAGUACCUGACCAGCACUGCCUGCAGAAGGAACUUGACUGGGGACGUCUGUGCGGUGAUGAGAGUCCAUGCCUUCCUGGAGCAGUGGGGGCUCAUUAAUUAUCAAGUGGACCCGGAAAGUCGGCCCAUGGCCAUGGGCCCUCCUCCCACCCCUCAUUUCAACGUGCUUGCUGACACGCCUUCCGGGCUCAUGCCGCUUCAUCUUCGUGUACCUCAGAUCCCAGCUGCUCAGCAGAUGUUGAAUUUCCCUGAAAAAAAUAAGGAAAAGCCGACUGAUCUGCAGAACUUUGGGCUUCGCACAGAUGUAUACUCCAAGAAGACCUUAGCCAAGAGCAAAAGUGCCAGUGCUGGGCGAGAAUGGACAGAACAGGAGACUCUGCUUCUGCUCGAGGUAAGAAAUGGCCAAGGUGGAAAAUCAGAACCUGCAGCAGGUGGGGAACAGCUGCUGUGCAAAAGUGGAAACGCUGUCUGGUUCUGGACCUCAGUGGGCUGGAGGGAAGGGGGGCAGGACUGCCAAUCCCAGAGUGGGAGGUACCUGGAGAUUCCGGACAAAGCUUGCGGGGGGCAGAGUUUGGAGAGCACGGGGGGCCUCAGUGGGCUGAGUCCUGAGCUGAGCUUUAGAUGCUUUCCCACAUUUGCCACUGUUUUGGUUCACACCUGGGAAGGAGCAGCUGAGAUGCAAGACCUCACAGGCUCUGCUGGGCACCCCAGUGAGUGGGCAAAGGUGGAGUCCUUUGCCCAGGUCUUAGCUUGGUAG